AUGUCGGCUGACGCAGAAAAGUGGAGGUAUCUUCCCCAAGACCACAAGCUCCGCUCGACAAAGCUGCCCUGGUACAAUGCAAGCUUCGAACACAAACUGGCCCCAUCCUUUCGAAAGCUGCUCGAAGAGUGGAGCGGCAUCGCACCGGAGGACGUAAUUCCCCAUAUUUAUCGCACUCGCGAAGAAACCUGGAAAGUCUUCCCAUUUCCCUGCAUUGGCACUUUCUGGUUUGUCAAGCAAGGGCUUCUACACCACCCGGAUUAUGCUCGCAUGCUCGAAAGGCUUACAUCCGUCCCCUCAACCUCCGGAUUCCCUGCCGCAGCCCCAGGACCCCGAUUCCUCGAUCUGGGAACGUGUCUUGGACAGGACGUCCGCACACUCGCCCACGAUGGCGCCCCACUAUCUAGCCUCUACGGCGCGGAUUUAAUUCCAGGUUUCGAAGCUGCAGGGCAUGCUUUGUUCAGGGACAGCGACCGCCUCGACUCUUCGCACUUCAUCACCGGCAAUAUCUUCUCUGAUGACGACGAUCUGGCGAAGACGAGGGGGACGUGGGAUAUUAUCCACAUUUCCAUGUUCUUGCACGUCUUCUCGCUUGCCGACCAAGAAACCGCAUGCAAAAACAUCCUCCAGCUGCUGAAAGCCACGCCGGGGUCUACAGUCAUCGGAACGCAGACUGGGACGCUGGAUGCGGGGGAUAUGGUGCUGAAGCCGCCGAUGUGCGAGCCGGGAGAGCACAAGACGGUCUUUCGGCACAGCAAAGAGACGAUGAACGAUAUGUGGGAGAGGGCUGCGAAGGCAGUUGGUAUUUCAUUGAACGUGUGGAGCGACUAUGACGCGGACGAGGCGAGGGAAAGAGCUGAGGGAAGAAAGGAAAAGGGCGAGGAGUGGGAGAAGCGAGAGAGGCAUUUCGUUGGGGAUAGGGAGAGGAAGAUUUUCUUCAGGGUAGAGACGGUCUGA